AUGUUGGAACACGAAAUUGCAUGUGAUGUUGUAUUCAUUUUAAAUGCAGAAGAUGGUAGUGCCUACGAAAUGAAGGCUCAUAAGUAUAUUCUUAUAUCUCGGAAUCCUGUUUUCUAUGCCAUGCUCAUGAAUGACACUCGAGAUAAAAGUGAAAAAAUUACAAUUACUGAUGUUUUACCAAAUGCUUUCAAGGCAUUAUUAAACUUUCUCUAUUCUGAAAAUUGUCAAAUUACUCCAGAUCUGGUGUUACCAAUUCUAUAUGCUAGCAAAAAGUACAUAAUUCCAAAACUGGCAAAGAAUUGUGUCAAGUUUUUAGAAGAAAACAUGAAUAAUGAAAAUGUCUGUUUGAUAUAUGACCAUUGUUUGAUGUUUGAAGAAACAGAACUUGCUAAAAAGUGUGAGAAGUUUUUAGAAAUAAACACAGAAAAUGUUCUUAAGCCACAAAUAAUUACCACAUUAUCAGAAAGUGCAUUAAAAAACUUGUUAAAGUUGCCAGUUGUGUCUGUGAGUGAAAUUAGUUUAUUCAAUGCCUGUCUUGUCUGGGGAAAAAAUGAGUGCAAGAAAAAAGAACUAGAUUCUCAGAGUAUUGAACAUUUAAGAGCAAUUUUGAAAGACAUACUUCUCUACAUACACUUCCCCUCCAUGACUAAUGAAGAAUUUGCAGAAGUUUCAAGAACUAGUUUGUUAAACCCCGAAGAAAGGUUGAUUUUUUUUAAUUAUAAAAACUGCAACUUUCAAAAAUUAAAUUUC